AUGGAUACAGUAGGUAAAAUGUUAUGGAAAAUUUUUUCUACCGGUAAUAAUGAACCAGAUGAUCAAGAAUUUAUGAUAACUGUCAAAGUCCACAAUAAAGCAUCACUAUCAUUUAAAUUAUUAUUACCUAACAAGAAUCUUGCAGAAAUCCGAAAUCUGCUUAUGAAAAGAAAUGUUACUUUCAGGAUGGGGACAAAUUGUUAUUUUUCAAACGAAUUUCAUAUAAUUCCACGUGAAGAUGAGAUUAAUUAUAAAUUGAAAGACAUUUUACAAGAAAACAUUUUGAAUAUCAUUCCAACAUCUGACCCUGAUUGGUCACAACUGAUCGAUAUGUGUGAUCAUGGAUUUAAAAUUGGAGAGAAUGGCGUCGAAAAAGCGCGUAACAAAGCAUUUGAGAUAGAUACAAAUAAAAUC